UCAAAGAUAAAUGGUACUAAUGGUCGGUACACUGAUCAAAAUUACGACCUCUGCACCAUCUGUUUAAAAGCGGCGAAACCUACUCGACAACUUGACCGCCGAUUUUUCAAAACAACCAGUGAUGCUACAAAAAUGAUAAAAACUACUUACUUACUUACUUGAAUGUUAUCUGUCGAGCUGCUACUUUGAUGACUUAUCAGUCAAACUUUCGAUAGCUGAAACUUACGGACAAGUAGUUUUUAUCAUAUUUUAAUAGAUGACAUUAGCUGACCAGCCGCUGGAAGAUGGUCGAUGAGUCUGACAUGAGCCUAUGUUUUUUCACGUGUUUGAUUUGCCGCUCAAUUGAAUUGUAAUAAAUUUUUAACAUCCCUUUUAUUGUAACAAAUUUUGUUAUUUAAUGUGUAUGUAACGUGAUGAUCUACGUUAUUCUCAUAAAACUUUAUAAAAUGUCACUGUUAAACGAAUGUAUAAAUGAUGCAAUCGCUUCAAUAAAAUGAUACGUACAUAAACAUUGUUAUUUUCAGUAACAAAUAUAUCAUAAAUGAAUACUGACAGAUUGUGUAAAUUAUGUUUGUUGAACACAUUGAAGAAAGAUUUACACUGAUGUUGAAGUAAUUUUGUAAUUGUUCAUGUAAUAUCAAUUAGUUAAAAUGUUUAAGCGAACAAAUGGUAACAGAGAGAAUAAGUAUUCUCUACCUGCUAAGCGUGCAAAAUAUGAUAUAAAGAAAGAAACAUUGAUAGGUGUUUCUAAAAGUAAUAGAGAGUCAAUAAAUGAAAAGUCUGUAAGAUCCGAUGAUGUGUGGGGUGAUGAUUUUGCAGAAGAAGAUAUAGAAGAGAUGGAUUAUGUGGCAUCUCAAGCUUGUUUGGAAGAGCAUACUGUUUUUAGUCAACCAAACAGAGAGCAAAAUACAUCAUGUGUGCAAAGAUUCAAUAGCAUGCCAUCUACUAGUAAAUUUGGUUGCAAUUUAAAUAGCAAUGAGAAUAAAAUAUUAAAAUCUUCCAUAUGUAUGACACAAAAUAAUACUCAAAGAAAAGAUACGUUACUUUUAAAGGAUACAAGCACUAUUGUGUCUGGUGAUUACAAAGAUUUUGAAAAUAAGUUAAUAAAUAGAAGAGUACAUAAUUCAACAUUUAAGUUGGAUAAUAAUGGUGUCUUAGUUUCAGGAUCAGAAUAUGUAAAGGAAUUGGAAAAACUGAAAGUUGAGAAUAAAAAAUUGUUAGAUGACUUUAUAACUAAAGAAGGAGAAGCUGUCUUUUUAAGAAAUCAAUUGCAGCAGACACAAUUACGUGCAGAGAAUGAUAAAUUAGAAAAAACGCGUUUCAUUGAAGAGCAAGAAAAUAGACAUAGAACAGAGAUUAAUGCUAUUUGUAAAGAAAAAGAACAUUUAAAAACUCAACUUGAAUUGCAAACAUUUGAAGUCAGAAAUUUAAUGGAACGUUUUAAAUUAUUAGAGAGUGGAAAUGUGAAGUUGACAGAGCCACACAGUAUAAAUUUAAAUGUCUCUGCUAGUAAAAGUAGAUUUAGUUUAUCAAGCAGUCGGUCACAUUCUUCCAACACGAAAUCAGUGAAAGUAAAGGAAACUUGUAUUCAAACAAAUGUGCAUAAUAAAAACUUAUACUUCCUUAAGGUUUGGAGUUCCUACUACCCUCUGUCAGAAAUUCCUAAAUUAAUCUAUGAUGCAUCACACUCAGAGAAAUCUGUAAUUGAUAUUCAAAUCAUAGAAAAAACUGGACGACGAAAUUUGCCUAUCUUACAAGAGGAAAAUACAUGCCGAAUAUUCGAAAAUCCAGAACUAGUGAAACCUGUAACAACUAUGAUAGAUGAUAAAAAGCUUACUGUAGAAUUUAUUUUACCAGAAAUAUCUAUUCUUCAACGAAAAACAACCCUGGAGCUUGAGUCAGAAAAUACUAUCCCUAUUAUAAAUAAAUUAAUUUCUACUGCAAGAGAAUUGCUUUUGAAUGUAAUAACCAUUCUUCAGACAAUUUUUCAAGCUAUGAACAACGAUGAUAUUCGAGACAUGAACGACAUUUACUUCUCUGACUUGUAUUCGACUUCUAACUUUAAUGGAAAAUCUGUGUGCGCCGCGAGUGCAUGGCACGAAUGCGAGCGUGGUGUUGAAACCAGACGAGUGUUUGGCGUGUUAUCAUAUAUAACUGUGGAAUCGACUUAUCUUAGCAAGUAUAUUGCAGGAAAAGCAGAAUUACUCACAGAAAAAGACGAAUCUUAUAAAAGUUACUCGCCUCAUAUGAUUCGCUACAACAGGUGGUCAGAGAAGGAUCAAGACUUUGAGAUGCUCAGGAUGUUAUUACAAUUUGUUACCUUAGUUGGGUUCACGAGGCGAGCUCACCAAUUUAGUGGCCUUCUGUGUGCCAUUAUGAUGCUUAUAUAUAAUGUUCAUAAAAAGAUUGAAUAUUGUUCGCAGGGAAUGGACUAUAUUUACCGGAUAUUUAAAGAAAUAGUCUUUGCUAGGCCUUUACCUUACUGUUACACACAGCUUAGCAAUUUAAUAAUGAUCUUUAUUAAAUCUGUGACGUACUUGCCAAAACUUUGUAUCAAUUCACAAUCAAUGGCAGUGAAUAAUUGGAAAGGCUCUCUACAUUUUAUUCCAGAUGCUUGCCCAUUACAGAUUUUCCUAGCACAAGUGGAAGAUCAUCAUUUCGAUCUGAUAGCAGCAAUAGACAUUACAGAUAUACUGAUACAAUUGGUACAAUAUGUAUUACAAACGAAUAUUAUCCCUCUGAGAUCUGAUACCUUAGGUUCUUGUAAUUGUUGCAUGAAAUUAUUGAGGUUUACAAUUGAAACGCUGGGCAGAUGUUCUGAAACGAAUUUGAGCGCCCUUGGGGAUUUCAAUUUAAAUCAUUUUCCUUUACAACAAGAAGAAUUUUGCAAUUUGAAAAAUAUCUGCAGCAAACAUUCGCCACUUCUAUCAGACAGAAAUAAAAAGUGCAUACGCGAGAUCUAUCGUGAUAAAUUUUCGGAUGAAAAUGUCUGGGCAACAUUGAAGAAAAAACAAGCGAAGGUGCUAAGAGACGGGAUAAGAUUCCUAUCUCACUUGGCGAUAUGCGAUCCCGAUUUUGUUAUUCGAUUAUCCGAUAUAGAAGAUGCAUUUCAUUUAUUCAUAAGGAACAUAAGUUCCUUCGAUGAUUUCGUUCUUCACGAAAACGAGCAGGAGGCUAUGAGUCGAAUAAAACAAACGUUCAUUUUUGACAAAGCGUCACAAUCUGAAAUGGAGCCGGCUAAGAAAAAUUGUAUUACAAAACAACUGGAUAUAUUAUCAAAUUUCGAAGAAAUAACCGUACAACCAAUAACCACGAGCUCCAAGAAAAACGAGAACCUCUACAAAGUUUUAACCGUAUUCAAAUCAUUAUAUAAAUAAAUAGAAAUCUCAGUGAAAUAAGAUUUACUAUUUCUUAUAUUGUCAUUGUAUUUCUUUGUAAAUGUUAAUUUAUAUCGUGAAUCGUUAUUAAAUGUAAUAUAAAUGAAGUACCUCGUGAUAUUUUACAUUGAAUCUACGACAUUUUUAUACAAGUUUUAUAUACCAUUUACUAACGAGGUAUAAUCUGAUGUAUAUAAAUAGCGUGUAAUUUAAAAUUCUAUUUUGUAAUAAAAUACAUUCCAUCGCAAAAUUA